CUCACGCUCAUCACCGUCUGCGUCGUCCCGGUCAUCAUCAUCGUCACGGGAGUUUGCAUGGCCAUUGAAGUCAAGAACGAGGACGAGCUGACAGAUACCCUUUCUCGCGGUAGCCUGCUUACGGAGGGCGUCUUCUCUAGCAUCACCACGGUUCAUGCUUUUUGGUUACAACGGACCAUGGCGAACCGUUACGAAGAUCUCCUUGCCGAAAUGGAGCGCGUAGGCAUGAAGAAGUCGCCUAAUUAUGGUGUGCUAUUCUCUACCGAGUUUUUCUCCGUAUACUCCGGUUACGGUCUUGCCUUCUGGCAGGGUGUGAGGAUGUUCGCUCAUGGCGAAGUGGAUGAGCCGGGCGACAUUGUAACCGUCAUUUUCGCGGUAGUUCUUGCCGCCACAUCACUCACUCAGAUCUCGCCCCAGAUCAUUACAAUCACCAAAGCUGCCGCUGCCGCUGAGGAACUCUUUCGCAUUAUCGACACCAAAUCCGUCAUCGAUCCGCUAUCGCCCGCAGGGCUGACACUGGAGAAAAGUGUUGGCGGAAUCGAACUAAAAGCUAUCCGGUUCUCCUACCCGUCUCGUCCGGACAUAAAGGUCCUAAAUGGCCUGAAUCUAAUCGUCCCCGCUGGUAAGACUACAGCCCUGGUCGGUGCGAGUGGUUCAGGGAAGAGCACAAUCAUCAGCCUACUAGAACGCUGGUACGAUCCGGCAGUCGGUGUGAUUUUGUUUGAUGGCCUGGACCUCCAAGACCUUAAUAUUGCCUGGCUGCGCACGAAUAUCCGCCUCGUACAGCAGGAGCCGGUUGUCUUUAGCGGGACAAUCUUCGAUAAUGUCGCUUACGGCCUAGAAGGAACGCAGCACGCAGACGCUUCGUACGAGGAGAAAUUUGCUCUUGUGAAGGAAGCUUGUCAGAGCGCAUUUGCGCACGAGUUCAUUGAGUCGUUGCCUAAGAAAUACCUUACCCCGAUCGGUGAACGUGCACGGCUGCUCUCCGGCGGCCAAAAACAACGUAUCGCUAUCGCACGCAGCAUCGUCUCUCAGCCAUUGGUUCUGUUGCUAGAUGAAGCGACGAGCGCUCUCGACCCAAAGGCGGAGAAUAUUGUCCAGACUGCGCUAGAUCGCGCCUGUGCUAGCCGGACCACAAUCACCGUCGCGCACAAGUUGUCCACCGUGCAGAAAGCGGACCACAUCGCCGUCAUGUCCGCCGGGACAAUCAUCGAGCAAGGCACGCACCAUGAACUUCUCGCCCGAGACGGUGCUUAUGCGAGACUUAUCCGGGCGCAGGAUCUGGAGAAGUCAAAAGACAAGGCUGAAGAGCAACUCCACUCGGAUCACGGAUGGGAUCAGGUAAAGAGCGACACAAACCCGGCCACGGCGCUGCCGGUGCAACACAGGAGGAGCCUGUGCGCAGAAUCGGUCGAGGACACGACUCGGCCAUGUGCGUCUGAGACCAUGGGAUACAGCCUCAUUCGUUGUUUAUCAGUACUGGUAAAGGAGCAGCGAAAUCUGUGGGGCUUGUACGCCGUAUUCGGCUUCUUGUGUGUUCUAGGAGGUGGUACUUUCCCGGCGCAAGCUGUCAUUUUCGCCCGGGCGCUCCAAGUGUUUCAGACGAGCGGCAGUGAGGCGAUUCGGCGCGGCAAUAUCUUGGCCCUAAUGCUGUUCAUCGUCGCCCUCGUCAACUUGUUCCUCUACUUCGCCCUGGGAUGGUUGGCCAACAUCAUCAUUCAGAAAGUAAGCAAGAGGUAUCGCCGCGAACUCUUUAAGAACACGAUGAAACAAGAGACAGCGUUCUUCGAUUUGGAACACAAUAGUACCGGCGCAAUCUGCGCUCGACUAGUGACUCAUGCCUCGAACCUCAACGAGCUACUAGGUAUAAACUCGGGGCUAAUUCUGAUCAACAUCGUCACGAUUGUUGUCGUUUCCGUCUUGGGCAUCGCUUACGGUUGGAAACUCGGCCUUGUCUGUGUGUUUGCUGCACUCCCUCCGUGGCUCCUCGGUGGCUACUUGCGCAUUCGUCUCGAAUACAAGCUGGAAGCAGCUACCGCAGCGCGCUUCGCUAGCAGUGCCGCGAUCGCAGCAGAAGCAAUUUCGGCUAUCCGCACGGUAGCCUCUCUUACGCUUGAGAACAAGAUGCUCGAAUUGUACCGCGAGAGGCUAGAUUUUGUAGCGGAGCAAUCGGUGAAGGCACUGACUCGUACAAUGUCCUGGUAUGCCUUGACACAAUCCGUCAACUUGCUGUCCAUGGCUCUAGGGUUUUGGUACGGUGGAAAGCUCGUGUCCACUGGCGAGUACACUAAUGAACAGUUCUUCAUCGUCUUCAUCGCCGUCGUGCUUGGGGGCGAGAACGCAGCUGCAUUCUUCCAGUAUACGACCAGCAUUACAAAAGCGACAAACUCGGCCAACUAUAUCUUCUGGCUGCGGCAGCGAGUUCCGGCUAUUGACAAUUCCUUUUCAGAUGAUGUACCUCCGUUGAACAACUCCCCACAAGGUACCGGAGUGGUUGCUGUCGAUUGUAUGGAGCUCGUCUUCGCCUAUCCUUCACGACCCUGGUCCAACGUUAUUGCCGGCGUUAACGUCCACAUUCCACCGGGCAAAUUUAUCGCCUUUGUCGGUCCAUCAGGAUGCGGCAAGUCCACCAUGAUCAAUCUCCUCUGCCGCUUUUAUGACCCAACGUCCGGCUAUAUCGCAGCCGAUAAUAAGCCAAUCCACGAUAUGAACCCAAAAGAACAUCGCCGCCGCUUAGCCCUAGUUCAGCAGGAGCCAGUACUGUAUCAAGGCAGCAUCCGCGAGAAUAUCGCUAUGGGUCUGGCCGAAUCCAAGGAAGCGACUGACUCACAAAUAGAACAAGCCUGCAAAGCCGCAAACAUAUUAGAUUUCGUCUUAUCAUUGCCCCAAGGGCUUGGAACUGACGUUGCCUCUCGGGGUGCCAAACUUUCUGGGGGCCAGCGCCAGCGGAUUGCCAUUGCUCGUGCUCUGAUCCGGGACCCGGGGAUUCUGCUGCUGGAUGAGGCGACAAGUGCUUUAGACACCGAGAGCGAGAAGGUUAUGCAAGCUGCCCUACGCGAGGCUGCCAAGGAUGGCACUACAACUACUAUCGCUGUUGCCCAUAGAUUGAGUACCAUCCAGGAUGCGCAUUGCGUCUUUGUUUUCCAUGCUGGGAAGAUCGUCGAAGCCGGCUGUCAUGUAGAGCUAUUUGCGAAAAGAGGUGUUUACUACGAGAUGUGCAAGGGCCAGGCGCUAAGUGUCGCCGAUCAGCGCUUUGAGUAG